AUGGCCGUUGUGGACAGCCAGUACCUCUUUAGGCUCAUAGAUGUUGGCGCCCCUGGGAGACUGAGUGAUGGAGGCAUAUUCAAGGACUCCGCCAUUGGAAAGCGGCUGGAAAAGGGCGAACUGGGCUUUCCAAGGGCUGCUCAACUGCCAGCAUCUUCCAAAAGUUCCCCUCAUGUCUUCAUUGGGGAUGAGGCCUUUCAGCUGCGGCCUGAUUUCAUGAGACCUUUGCCAGGCAGCCGGACCGAGCCAAAGGACAUAGUGUUCAACUAUCGUCUUAGCCGUGCAAGAAGGUGCGUGGAAAAUGCUUUUGGCAUUCUUGCCUCAAGGUGGCGCAUCUAUCAAAAGACGAUAGAUCUGAGUCCAAAAAACGUUGACAGUGUAAUUAAGGCCACAUGCGUGCUGCACAAUUUCUUGUGCCUUGAAUGCAACGGAGGCGAUCACUACUGCCCUCCUGGGUAUGCUGACUCUGAGGACACCUUUGGGAAUCUUCGUGAAGGAGUCUGGAGGCAAAACAACGCAGCCACUGGGAUGCUUCCGAUACAAGGCACAAGGGCGCGAAAGAGCUCGCAAAGCGCAGCUGUUGUGCGCUCUGUCUUUAUUGAUUUCUUUUUCAAUGAAGGACAGGUACCGUGGCAGUGGAACCAGCCAGGAAUUGAGUGAUAUUUUUGCCACUGAGUGCCUAUUUCUUCAUUUCAUUUUACUGGU